AUGUUUUUAGUUGUCGUGGCUAGGCCAAGAUUUGAUGAUGAUGGUAACGAGACAUUCUCAGGAAAAAUUGGUUGCUUUCCUAUAGUUCACAAGGUAGCAGCACAAAGGUCUAGCAUCAAUAGGCCUGCCGGGACACUUGAAACAAAACCAAUCAUUUCUAUAAACAGAGAAGUCACUAGAAUGAUGUAUAUCAACGAAGUUUUACCGGCCCUCAAAGAAAAAUGGCCACAAGAACAUGCACAUGAAACAAUUUACAUCCAACAAGAUAAUGCACCUUGUCACGUGCCUUUAGAUGAUGAAGAGUUUUGUAGAGCGGCUGCCGAUGGGGGUUUUGACAUUCGUUUAACUUUUCAACCUCCUAACUCUCCCGAUUUAAAUGUAUUGGAUUUGGGCUUUUUUUCUGCUAUUCAAUCAUUGCAGCAACAGGAAGUAACUAAUUCGGUUGAUGCACUUAUUGAAGCUGUGCAAAAAUCUUUUGAUGCUUUUUCCGCCCAAAGUUCGAACAACAUUUUUCUCACACUUCAAUCUUGUAUGACUGAGAUCAUGAAGGUGAAAGGAUCCAACAACUACAAAAUUCCUCACAUGGAGAAAGAGAAGUUGCUUAGGAGAGGCAUGUUACCCACUCAAUUAACAUGUGACCCAGAACUAUUUCAAGAAACUUUUGAGUACUUGUAUAAUGUUGAUGAAAUGUGA